AUGAAUACGGCAUCCGUCGGGCUAGCCGUCACGCCAGCGGUGGUGUCGACGUUUGUUUCGCACUACCUGGGCAAGAACUCCCAACCGCACAAGCCUACUACACAUAUAUCGUACGAUGAGGGUCUGCAUCUCAUCCGCUCUUUUCUUGCAUAUGCCUCGCGCCACACCGUCGAGGAAGUGCAGGCUUUCACAAGCCAAUGGGUGCCACACCCCCAAUGGGUCAGGGUCGACGAGGUGGAGAUCCCCGACCAUCACCUGUCGCGCGCCGCCGCCCUCGUCGCCGACCAGCUGGGCCCUGAUGGCAUCCGCCGCGUUGGCGGGACCCAAUGGUGGCAGUGGCGCAAACCUCGGAGCCCUCUCAAGGCUGAGUGGAUUGAAAUGAAGGCCGAUUAUCACGAGCGCAAGAAGAACUCGGACCCGGGCAACCGUGUCAUGCUCUACGUGCAUGGCGGUGGCUAUUAUUUUGGCAGCGUCGACGAGCACCGCUACCAGAUCCAGCGCCAUGCCCGGAAGCUCAAGGCGAGGGCGCUUGCCCCUCGCUACCGCCUAGCACCGCAAUUCCCAUUCCCAUGCGGACUGCAGGACUGCUUGGCCACGUACCUCUUUCUUCUUACAUGCCAGGAGCCCAGCACCAUCGUGUUGGCCGGCGAUUCGGCCGGCGCCGGCUUGGUGGUGUCGCUGCUGGUGAUCCUCAGAGACAAGGGGCUGCCGCUGCCAGCGGGUGCAGUUCUGAUAAGCCCCUGGGUCGACCUUACGCACUCUUUCCCGAGCGUGGCUGGUGACUGUCCUUUGGAUUACAUUCCUCCAUCUGGAUUUCAUCACAAACCAUCCCGGGCAUGGCCUCCGCCCGAUGAAGAGGUGCUUGAGCAGAUAAAGAAGACAGCGAUAUCACAGAAACAGGAUAUCAAUGCCACCCAAGACAAGUCCUCAGACUCUGGCCUCGGUAUUCUAACCGUUACGGAUGUCGCUGAUGCUACUACACGUUUAUCGCUCCUCAUCGACGGCAAGCGAGUCGAGAUCAAAGAGCAGAUACAGAUAUACACCACGAACGAUCUGCUCGCACACCCGUUGGUGAGCCCCAUCAUGCAGCCGACGCUAGGUGGGCUUCCGCCGCUGCUAAUUAUGGUGGGAGGCGGUGAGAUGCUUCGGGACGAGCAAAUCUAUCUUGCGCACAAAUGCGCGAACCCCGCGCGAUACGCCCCGGUAGACUCCCUCAUGGACGACCACGCCCGGGUCCAGCUCGCCCAGUUCAAGCCGACAGACGUUCAACUCCAAGUCUGGGACGACCUCUGCCACGUCGCACCGACUUUGAGUUUCACAGCACCGGCCAAGUACAUGUACAGGAGCGUGGCGCAAUUCGCCGCCUGGGCGCUUGCUCGAGCGCAAAACACUGGCAUUGAUAUCCUUGACGAUGACCAGAUCUCGAUCAUCUCAAGUUCAAGCUCUUCGAGCAGUGACGAGCAGGAGCCGAAAAUGCAAGAGAAAAAGGAGGCAAAGAGGAAAGACAGAAAUCCGCCCAAAGACGAAAAGAAGAGCAGUGUCGGAAAAGCCGGCGAUCCACUCCCUCGUUUUCAUGAUCAUAUAAUUCGCCAACGUGUCACUGCGCACGGUAUAAUCUACCCUCUUCCUCCCGCUGACGAGCUUCCUUCAUGUUCCAUGGCUCCCGAGUUGGUGGGCGUCAUCAAAGUUGGCCCUGUCCGUAAGUGGAUGGACCAUAAGAAGCGAUGGGAUACGCGCUUCAAGCGGGCCAAGGCGAGUGUUCACAAGAAGCAUAUUAACGACAUGGCCGUGGGAUACGAAGUCUUUGGGGAGGGCGAAGUACCGCCGCCAAGCGCUCUGGCGGGACGCAGGAAGAUAGGUGGCGGCGAGUUCGACAAGAAGAAAGAAAAGAGCAUGGGCUUGUCUCUUUGGGCAUUCUGGGGCUCCAAGCACGACAAGAUGACCGUGGACCGAGCCAACGAGGCUGAAAAGGCCGACUACAAGGCUGCUACUCCUGGCGAGGGGCAGGGUGCCCGGACGUUUACGGACAUCCAGAAACAGGAAAAACAGGCGGCGGCUCGCUCCAGGCGCCCUGCGCCGUUCUUUAGCAGGAACGGAUCGUGGAGAAUACUAGUCAAGGACGACAGGCAAAUCGAGCAAGAGAAUGAAAGUGACGAGAAUGGGGAUACCGCGCCUCCUCCUCCUGUCAAAGAUGCCGCUCAGGCUGGCUCACGGGAAAGAAUGAGCGAGGAUACCCCAUCGUCGUCGGCGGAGGCUGGAUUUCUUUCCCCCGAUGAUGCACACGGGACCGGCAUCACGGGGAAGCGGGCAAUCAUCGGCGGCCUGGCGACGCCGUUCAGCAUGCGCAAGCAGGCUGAAACCGCGAGCAUGAUCACGCUCAUGUCGCCGGCAGACCAGCUGUCCGUGCGAUUAGGCACGCCGAGCUUGAGGAGUCUCGCCCUGACUGUACCGGCGAGCGAGGACAAGAACGUGGCCGGAUCAGAACACCAAGAAGAGAGCCGAGUUGCUGGCUGUGUAGAUGACGGCAAGGGAUUGCCGCCCUUGCCCUCGCCGCUGCCCACUCCGGGACUGUCCACCCCGGGACUUCCCACGCCCGACGACAGGCCGGGGAUGGAGAGGUUUUUCACGGCCGAUGAGAUGCCGCAGGCGAGAUUAUCGGCACAAGCGCGUUGA